AUGUUCCCUGUGGGUACCGAGAUGAAAUGCUUCGUGGUGCACGCGGACAAGAGGAACGGGCGUAUCACUUUGAGUACCAAGGAGUUUGAGGAUGACGAUCACGUGGGCUGGAUGCUGAGUUUCCCGGAACGGUGUUUUGCCAUGGCGGACGAGGCAUUGAAAAGCGCGAAGCCUACAUCGCCUGGCUGCAGCGUUGAUCGAAGCCAAAAAAUCAGCAUCAGCACGGCAGUAGAAACCACGGCGGGAUUUGUCCAGAAAAGAGGUGCCGGGAUGCUGAUCCCCAAUUUCACCGGAAAGCCAAACAGUGAACUUCCCAUGAUCCAAGACAUGGGGACGUGGACCUGCCGCAGCAUUUUCGUUCAGAGGAAGUUGCGCAGAGGCAAUGGUCAUGCAGAACACGCGGUGGUUAAGCCGAAGCACAAGACAUUUCUUCACGCUUCAAGGUGCCGAAUUGACGAUUUUCGAGAGGCAGCAGUAUUCCGGACGCCGGGCUUGGAAAAUGCUGGUCGUGUACCAUCAGAGCUCGCAUCAGAGGCAACGAGAUCUCUGUGCUUUGGCCAAACUCUGCGAGGAGAAAGCGGUACGACGCCUUUGGCGCUGUGGGAGGUGCAGAAAGCCGUUAUGAAGUGCCUGGACGCCGCUCACAAUGCUCUGCUGGGAACCCCCGCGCCAGAGGCGCGGGGCGAAUUGGUCCCGGUAUGUCCCUGUGGGCUCCUGGAGGUCGUUUUCUGCGAGCAAGGAGGUGUGUUUUGA